CUGCCAAACCCAAGGCCAACCUGAGACCAGUCACCAGUUCACACCCUUGUUUUGCAAGCAGAAAACCUCCGUCCAGAGAAAGGCCCGGGCUUGCUGAGACAGAGCGACUUUCAUAUUUGCCUUGCGGAAUAUGGCUGCCACACGCCUCUGCCUUUCCCUGCUGCUCCUGUCCACCUGUGUGGCUCUGUUACUACAGCCACUGCUGGGUGCCCAGGGAGCCCCGCUGGAGCCAGUGUACCCAGGGGACAAUGCCACGCCAGAGCAGAUGGCCCAGUAUGCGGCUGAUCUCCGUAGAUACAUCAACAUGCUGACCAGACCUAGGUAUGGGAAAAGACACAAAGAGGACACGCUGGCCUUCUCGGAGUGGGGGUCCCCGCAUGCUGCUGCCCCCAGGGAGCUCAGCCCGCUGGACUUGUAAUGCUACCUUCUGUCUCCUACGACUCCAUGAGCAGUGCCAGCCCAGCUCUCCCUUCUGCACCCUUGGCUCUGGCCAAAGCUUGCUCCCUGCUCCCGCACAGGCUCAAUAAAGCAAGUCAAAGCCACA